UGCUCGCUAACUCCAUCAUCGUAGUGAGGAGAGCAGUUUGUAGCUCAGGUAGACGACAGGACAGAACCCUCACACACACAGCACCCGUGCACCCCGUCCGUCCGUCCUUCAGGGUCCUGUCAGAGUGGGGGGGGGGAGACUUGGCAGUAGGGUUGACUCGGUACCCCCUUGUGUCGUUGUUCCCCCUGCCUGGAGAGCCAGCAUCCCACGGUGGAGGUCCUCCCGGGGAAUGCAGCCGCGGCCCCGCCGGCCCAGCCAGAGACAAAAGCCGCCAUGGGAGAAUCUCAGAAGGGCCUGCUCUCCGUCAUCCAGAAGCUCAAGGGCUCCACCGAGACGGAGCUCAGGAUAGUUCUGCUGGGACUCGACAACGCAGGGAAGACCACUUUACUGAAGAGCCUGGCCUCCGAGGACGUCAACACCAUCACCCCCACACAGGGCUUCAACAUUAAGAGCGUGGCCUCGCAUGGCAUGAAGCUGAACGUGUGGGACAUCGGAGGACAGAGGAAGAUCAGACCCUUCUGGAAGAAGUACCUGGACAACACCGACCUGCUGAUCUACGUGAUAGACAGUGCAGAUAAGAAGCGUUUUGAGGAGACAGGGCUGGAGCUCUCUGAGUUGACGGAGGAAGAGAACCUCAAGGGGGUCCCAGUGCUGGUCUUUGCCAAUAAGCAGGACCUGGCCACCGCCUCCCCGGCCAGUGAGAUCGCCGAGGGGCUCAACCUGCACACGUACCGCGACCGCGAGUGGCAGAUCCAGGCGUGCUCCGCCGUGUCCGGGGAGGGCGUUCAGGAUGGCAUGAACUGGAUUUGCAACAACAUUGUGAAUCAGAAGAAGAAGUGACCCUUCACCCUUCAGCCCUUCACCCUUCAGCCCUUCACCCCUUCACCCUUCAGACUCUUCAGCCCUUCACCCUUCAGACCCUUCAGCCCUUCACCCUUCAGACCCUUCACCCUUCAGACCCUUCACCCUUCAGACUCUUCAGCCCUUCACCCUUCAGACUCUUCAGCCCUUCACCCUUCAGACCCUUCACCCUUCAGACCCUUCACCCUUCAGACCCUUCACCCUUCAGACUCUUCAGCCCUUCAUCCUUCAGACCCUUCAGCCCUUCACCCUUCAGACUCUUCAGCCCUUCACCCUUCAGACUCUUCAGCCCUUCACCCUUCAGACUCUUCAGCCCUUCAUCCUUCAGACUCUUCAGCCCUUCACCCUUCAGACUCUUCAGCCCUUCACCCUUCAGACUCUUCAGCACUUCAGCCUUCAGACUCUUCAGCCCUUCACCCUUCAGACUCUUCAGCCCUUCACCCUUCAGACUCUUCAGCACUUCAUCCUUCAGACAUUGACCAUCAGGCAGUGGCGUAACAUCAUGGUGACAUGCCCCGGUGCAAAUAUUUAUUUUGUGCCCCUGGACAGGACUUCAGGGGGGGGGGGGGACAACGCUUGUUGCGGUGUCCUGCUUACUACGGUGAGGGUUUUGUAUAAUUUGGUUAAUUAAUUAAGGGCGCCACCAGACACAUUUGCCGCCCUACAGGAUUUUUCUUUUUUCUUCCUCCAUGGGCCCCUGACGCCGUCUGGGCCCCGGGCAGUAUAUCAAAUAUCAACCGAUUGCACCGUUGAUAUUUACGCCACUGCCCUCAGGAUUCUUUGAUCUUACCUCUUAAAAUAAUCUCCCCUAAAACAGCCCUGCUCCCAACCAGAAUGAAUUUUUAAUUAAUUAUUCUUUAUCUUUAUACUUUGGUAUUUUCUUGUUUGAACGUUAAAAAAAAAAAUCUUUUAAUUGUAUUUAUUAUAAUGUUAGCUUGCUGAGAUAGACUUGACUUGUUGUUUGUUUGUGGUUGAGAAAGACCUUUUCAAGGGAGUAUAUAAAGUAUGUAUGCUACGUGUGUUAAACAUUAAACUAUUUAGUUGAUGUCGA